UUAUUUGGCAGAAAAGCGCCAAUUCAGUGUGAAGUCAGGCUCUAACUGAUCCGGUAUUUUGACUUAUCAUUCUGGAUUUGAAGUGAAAUAGUUUAUAUCUUAUACAAAAUGGCCCGUCGUUAUGACACCAGAACUACAAUUUUCUCCCCGGAAGGGAGGCUGUAUCAGGUGGAAUAUGCUAUGGAAGCUAUUAGUCACGCCGGUACUUGUUUAGGUAUCUUGGCAAAUGAUGGUAUUCUAUUAGCAGCUGAAAGACGUAAUACAAAUAAGUUACUUGAUGAAGUAUUUUCUUCUGAAAAAAUAUACAAGCUCAAUGAUGACAUGGUAUGUAGUGUGGCUGGUAUUACAUCAGAUGCUAAUGUCUUAACAAACGAGCUAAGAUUGAUCGGCCAGAGAUAUCUAUUUCAAUAUGGUGAAUCCAUACCCUGUGAACAGUUAGUGUCUUGGCUGUGUGAUGUAAAACAAGCUUACACUCAAUAUGGUGGCAAGCGUCCAUUUGGUGUUUCAAUUUUGUACAUGGGCUGGGAUAAACAUUAUGGUUAUCAACUGUACCAAUCAGAUCCCAGUGGAAACUACAGUGGGUGGAAAGCAACAUGCAUUGGCAAUAAUAGUUCUGCUGCCAUUUCUAGUUUGAAGCAGGAAUACAAGGAAGGUGAAAUGACACUUAGAGAUGCCAAGGAAUUGGCUGUAAAAGUGUUAAGCAAGACUUUGGAUAUGACCAAGUUAACAUCAGAAAAAGUUGAAAUGGCGACAUUAACAAGAGUGAACAAUAAAACGGACAUUAAUAUAUUGUCAAACAAAGAAGUUGAAGAUUUAAUCGCCGAAUUUGAAAAAAGGGAAGCCGCCGCUGCUGAAGCCUCCAAAAAAGAUAAACCAGCACCUUAGUUAUAAAAAUAUUUAAUUAUAUUAUUAUGUUCAUUAUGAAUUUGUAUAAAUAAAUGGAUAAAAAGUA